GAUGUUAUUUGUCUACAACAGUACUCGAGAAAAUGUUCACUGUAACUAUACCGUUUUAUUAACUGACUUACGCAGCAUGAAAUCAAUAUUUAAACCAGGAUACUAUUGGAAUAAUUGGACAUUGCGUGGAGAAGCUAUUAGGGCUAAUACAAUGGUGGACAACAUAAACAUUCAAGACAAAUUAUGCGGAGGCUAUAAAAGUUCGAUUGGAAGGUAUUUUGCAAAUUGUACGGAAACACGUUUCUCGUUAUGCCUCACGACUAAAGUUACUGAACCUACUACAAUUGUCACCAGAACGGAACACAUUACAAAUGACACCAGAACGGUACACACUACAUAUGUCACAAAACUAACAAUGUCGAUGACAAGUCGCCAACAAACAACUGCAAAUACAUCUCAUAAAUCAACCAAACAUACAAUGAGAGUUCUAACUUCAAUAAAAUAUAAAACAAAUGUGAAAAAGACACAUCCGCAUGAGGAAGAGCAAAGUUCAGAUAUAGGGAUAAAAGUUGGUAUACCACUUGGAAUAAUAUUACCUUUGACAUGUGGACUUUUAAUUAUCAUUUACAUUUACAGGAGAAGGAUAAAAUGUUGGCAGUCAAGUAAUCCAAAACAUGAAAAUGGACGUAUGAAUAACUUUCCCAUUCAAGAAGCUUCGCCAGUUCAUGGUCAGCUCAACGUUUACUCUAAAAGUAUUGAAGAAACUCCAACAUCAUCUGAACACCACACGAAUGAAAAUAAUCUAACUGACAUAAGCGCACAGUAUGCUGUUGCCAAAAAACCUAAAAAGGGUGACACAAGAUCCAGAAAAGAUAAUUAUUCAAAUAAAUCGUAUCAAAACGCAACAAAUGAUGAAUACGAUGUUGCUGGUAGGUUUCAAAAUGGUAGUUCUAAUCAGUCGGACAAUCUGUACAACCAUUUUGAAAGCGUGGACGAGUACAAUUUGACAUCUUUUGUCAGGGGAGAAGGAGAUUGUAACAAUUUGUACAACACAACAGGAGACCACAGUCUCGUUGAAUCUGAUUACGACUCAACAAUUCAAGUGAAUAACACAGCAUUGCCUGAUGACGUUUACAAUCAUGUAUCUCAAGAUGACAACUACUAUGACUCUACAUCAACUACUAGAAAUAAGUUAUAAGACAAAUUUACUGUGCAAACCAAGUAUUACAGAAAUUUCUUGUUCAUUAGAACUGGGUGUCAAACUCUAGUUUGUUGUAAUAUUAAUAUAUAGUUGAUGUAGCCGCUGUGAUAAUUUUAUCUGUUGCUUUUUCUCAAUGUUUUUUGUUUUCAUUUUCUGAUCUUAAAUGUGUUGAUCAGAAGAUGUUACUGCUAUCAAAUACUUGAUUCCGUUCAAAUGAACUAAGUCUGACAUGUUCACAUGUCAAUAUCUUCAUUGCAAACGACGAUUUCACUUUAUCAUUCUAACAAGAAAGACAACAGUCUAUUUAACGAUUAUGUGAUUAUUUCCUGUUUCAGAAUGAUAUAUGUCAUACGUUCAAACAAUAUUCAACAUUUUAAUGCUUUUGUGUGAAAGAUUAGUAUCAUGUGUUACACCAAAACCCGAAAGAAUUAGAGAAAAAUAGAUAUGUCCAAAUUAAUAAUCAAGCAAUUCAAGUUACAUACUUUUUUCCUUUUGUUAUAUAUUGUUAUUGUUGUCAUUAAAAUUUACAUUGAAAUAUAAAAAAAACAUUUAAAUGUGAUGUAUUUCAAGGAUAAUAAACUUUUAAUAAUGACUAGUUUUCCCAAUCUCUCGCACAUAUCUAAGAAAAUCCCUUAUAACACGACCAUUUGCUUACACUGAUAUCUACUUAAAUUAUUAUCUAAAUAUCAUAAAACAUGUAUCAUUGAUAAAUGCAACAAGAACAGAUUACAAUUUAUUUAGUAAGGUCAGUAAGGAAUAUAAGUGUUCAUGUAUUGCCGAUAUUUCAUUCAAACACGGCUUCAAAACCAGACAAACAAACAUACUUUAAUUGAAAAUCAAUGCAAACCCUUCAUGAUGGAAUGAUUACAAAUAUUUCUUAUUAAAACAUACCUAAUAAAAUGAACCUGAAGUAUGAAUUGAAUAGAGUUUCUUAUAUAUAUGAAGACUAAGGCAUGUAUUAAAAUUCUAUUAUAAAGCUAUUUUCAAUUCAACUAUAUGGCUAUAUGUUAUAUACAUAUAUGUAACAAGUAAUUUGUUCUUUGUGUCUAAAUACAGUUCGGACCAUGAAC